AUGUCAACUAGGGAAGUGGACAUUGCAUGGGAACAUUGCACCCAUGAGGGUGAAGGAAAUAAGAAAAGGGCAAAGUGUAACUAUUGCUCAAAGUUGGUAUUGGGCAUCAACAGGUUUAAACAACACCUUGCUAGAGUAGGGACAGAUGUUACAGGUUGCCCUAAUGUACCUGCACAAGUGUCCCAUGAAACACUACAGAGGCUUGUCCAAAAGUUUGAGCAAAAGGCUGGCCAGGUUUCAUUUGGAAGGGCACAAUCAAGAGACCACCAACCAAAUGCUAGUGGUAUCCCAGUUUCCACCUUUCCCCACCUUAAAGUAGCUUAUAAGGGAAUAAUAGGAGCAUGCAGUGAGGAAGCUGUACUUGCAGUUUAUCCUGGCUGUCAGUUAGAUCCUUGCGAGACAUCUGAGAAUGCAGUGCAGGUUACUAAUUUGACAGACAAGGAACGAAGCAGAUCUCUGGAUUGGCCAAAGCGCUACAACAUUAUAUAUGGGAUAGCUAAGGGCCUUCUCUAUCUUCACCAAGACUCUAGGAUACGGAUCAUCCAUAGAGAUCUCAAAGCUGGGAAUAUACUACUCGACCAUGAGAUGAAUCCAAAAAUCUCAGACUUUGGCACGGCUAAGAGUUUCUGGGGAAGUGAAAGUGAAGCAAAUACAACAAGAGUUGUCGGAACAUUUGGCUACAUGUCUCCAGAGUAUGCACUAGAUGGAAUUUUCUCUUUUAAGUCUGAUGUUUAUAGCUUUGGGGUAUUAGUGCUACAAAUUAUAAUUGGAAAGAGAAUGAAAGGCUUGGAGACUCUACAAAAAGAGGAAAAGUUUCUGGACAUAAUUGAUGAUGUGAUCCUAGCUUGGUGCAAUCACUUCGACGUGUAUCACACUAUUCAAAUUGCACUAUUGUGUGUACAACCGUUCCCAGAAGACAGACCAAGCAUGGCUGUGGUGUCUCUCAUGUUAAGUAGUAAAUGUGAGGUACCUGAGCCUAACCAGCCUGGUUUUUCCACAGAGAGGAAACUUCUUGAUUCAGAUUCUUCAUCCUCUUUGAUAUCUGAACAUUUUUGUUCAGAAUUUAGUAUCUGA